AUGACUACCCUGCACUACCUUCCCCCCGUGAAGCCCUCCGCUAUUGCGAUGGGUGCCUUCUUCACCCACACUGCCUCCCUCGGCAUUCUCGCUCCCGUUUUCGGUGACACCUACCACCGUGCUCAGUCUGCCAACUCGAAGGAGGAGUUCAUCAAGUCCAAGGAGGCCGCUAGUGCUGCCGCCGCAUGGGGUAGCUCCCUGGUUGGAAGCGCUGUCCAGACCUACGGUGUGGCUGCUCUGAUCAACGCCACCGGCACUUUGAGCUACAAGGGCGCUGCGUACCUGGGCACAUUGAUCUUCUUCGCUAGCUCCGCUCCUGGUUUCGUCAGCCAAAUCUUCGCCGAGAAGCGACCUCUUGAUACCGUUGCCGUGGGUGCUGUAUCCCGGGUAUUCGAGACCGUCGGUCUCAGCUUGUUCCUGACCUGGUGGGGAACUCGCACCAACCCCUUCGACUAA